AUGGACACUGAAACUAUCGUCAACACCUUUGAAAGCUCUCUUCAGUAUAUCACUGAUACGAUCCACAACCGUGAACGUUUGCAAAAAGUGGGUGCAGUAGCAGCCAUCUCUGUAGCAACCUACCUUGUCACUUCCAAACUUUAUGAUGCCUUCCUUGGCCCCUUAAGUGGUAUUCCAGGCCCUUUGGCUAUGAAGUUUGUGGAUGCUCGCUUCUCGGGUAAAAUGGAGAAAACCCCUGGAACAAGCUAUCGCUCUUUCAUGAAAUGGCAAAAUGAAUAUGGUCAAAUUGUGCGAAUUGGCCCAAAGCAUAUAUCCGUUUCCAGCAAGGAGAUGCUUAAGCAGGUCCUUCAAAAAGAUGACCUCACUAAGGGUCCUGCCUAUGAGCGCCUUCAUUUGCAUGGCGGAAUCAACAUGUUCAACACUAUCAAUAAGGAUUUUCAUAAGCAGCGGAGACGGGUAGUGUCCCCUGCCUUUUCCGUAAAGUACCUUAAUUCAUUGGAACCCUACAUGACCGAUAUGACAGAAGCGUUUUUGCGUCGUAUGGAUAAGGACAUUGAAAAGACACGUGGAUCUGGUGACUAUGGCGUCGUCGAUAUUUGGGCGUUGCUUCAAUAUCUUGCAUUGGAUAUCAUUGGUGAGACUGCCUUUGGACGUACAUUCAACAUGCUCGAAGGCAAUGACCAUCUCGUGCCAAGGAACAUCACCAAGACAAUGGAAACGGGUACCUAUAUCAUCGCACAUCCCAUCCUCGGUACCAUCAAAGCAUUGUUUUCUCUUGGUGAUGUGAUGUCAGCUGUGCAUGAAUUGCAAGCAUUUAUGAAAAAGAUCAUUAUCGAGCGUAUUGAAGGAGGCGAAAAGGCAAGACGCAAUGACAUUCUUCAAAUUUUGAUCGAUACGCAACAAGCAAAGGAAGCCGAUGAUCGCCUUACUGCCGAAGCUAUUGCUCACGAGACCGUCUUAUUUUUGAUUGCUGGUUCUGAAACUACAAGCAAUACCACUGGAUUCGCCAUUUAUGAGUUGUUGAAGAACCCACAUACUUUGGAUGCAUUGCGUGCCGAAAUCGAUGCCAUCCCCAUGGAGCCCGGUCAAAAGUAUUUCCAACACGAGCAAUUGAAGCACCUUCCUUAUCUUAAUGCUGUUAUCGACGAGACCUUGAGAUUGGAUCCCAUUAGUGUCAAUGGCAUGGAACGACGUGCUGAUCGUGAUAUCGUGUUGGGUGGCAACCUUGUUGUACCAAAAGGAACUGUUGUUCACUGCAACUCUUACCACGCCCAUCUCAACCCCGACUAUUGGCCUGAACCCACAAAGUUUAUCCCUGAGAGAUGGCUUGAAGGAUCUUCCAUUCCUGCCGAUACCAGUGCAUUCUUCCCCUACAGUAUUGGCUCAAGAAACUGCAUUGGCAAAGCAUUCGCACAGCAAGAGAUGCGCUUAUCCAUUGCCCAUAUUGUCAAGCUUUAUGAUAUCCAGCCAAUUCCUCAAGAGAUGGAAGACGCAAAGGAACGACGAUCAUUUGUUACGCUAGCAGUCAAAAAGAACAGCUUCAAGAUCCAAGCUAAGCGUAGAUAA